UUGCCAAAAUUUCGUAUCAGGGCACGAUAACCCAUCAUGUUGGCGGUCCUGCAGCAGAACGCCAAGGUGCUCUGAAGGUGCAUCGAUUCUAACGCCACCACGACCACGCCACCAUACAGUGAUACAGAAACUAAUGCAAAGAAAUCUCAUCCAAUUCAAGAUAGUUCGCGGAAUUAAAAAUAAGGGAAAAACAACAAACCAUGUCCAAAUGUUUGAUGUGCCAAAGAAAGUGCAAUUUUUCUUGGCGAUGCCAGCGUCCAGCGUGGUGAUUCAUGUCGGAUUUGUCCAGUUUUAAGGAACGAUUAUGUUUCUUUACUUACUUAGCUGGGUAGCCGCAGCAGUUGAGAUUUGUUUCGUGGUUCUUGCAUUAGCUGCUGCGCUGUACUACUUAGCAGAGCUCGUAGAGGAGUUCACUGUGACCACUGGCAAGAUCAUUCGGAUAUUGAUUUUGAUCACUCUGGCUAUUUACGUGGGACUGUUUCUGUUUGACGACUUACCAAAGGGCAUGAUAGCUUGCGGCAUCUUUAGUCAAGUGAUGCAUCUACUCAUUUUGAGAACAUUUCCAUUUGUCAGUGUUUCUUCAGUGCCAUUUCUUCUCGCAGCAGUCUUGGUCAUUGUAAACCACUUUCUGGCAUUUACUUAUUUUUCCACCGUUUACCAUCCACUGAGUGAGGUCUUGGCUUACUUCACUCUUUGCCUGUGGAUUGUACCGUUUGCCUUUGUUAUUUCAUUGUCGGCCAACGACAGCGUUUUACCCACCUUGGCGGAAAAGAGGCCACUUUUAGCGGAAGACGACGACAUUGUCUCCAAUUACUUCUCUCGGCGAAACAAACGCUAUGGGUUACUCUUCUUCUUCAACAAGGCCAAGGAGUCCAUUCUACCACAGAGGGUCAAGAAAGGAUUUUAAAAUGGCUGUAAAUAGCAUUUUUGGACUGUUUAAUAUAUUUCUGCCGCAUAAAGCUUUUGUUCAAAAUAAAUGGCGAGUCUGAAGCGG